GAAAUGCGAUAGUUUGAGCGUUGCGUUUCUCAGUUGCAGGAAGUUUAGCAGGAAGAAAAUGGGUGGUAGUAUGACAAAAAUAUUACCUGGUUUGUAUGUUGGAGGUUUCGAUAAUGCCAAAAAUGAAGAAGAAUUAAUGGCAAAUUGCAUAUCUCAUAUUAUUAUUGUUCAAAAUUCGAAAAACGAUAUUGAAAGAUCAAUAAGUCGUCAAUAUUUACAUAUUAUUGUCAAUGAAAAAAUAGAGAAUAGUUUGCUAAAUCAAAUUCAAUUAUCCAAUGAUUUUAUUCAUCGGGCCCGAUUGGAUAGUGGAAAUGUAUUAGUGUGCAGUGAUUCAGGUUUAUCAGCUAAUGUAGCUGUUGUUACAGCUUAUUUAAUGACUGUUUAUUCAUUAGAUUAUUAUUCAGCUAUUGGAGCUUUAAGAAGUUUACGAUAUGGUGCACAUCCAGUUGAACCUUUACAAAAACAAUUAAUAGAAUUUGAUAGUGAAACUAAUGAAAAAUUAGUUAAUGAACAAAAUCAAACAAAUAACACUAAUCGAGAACAACAACAGACUGAAUUAUUAGAUUCUUCUAAACAUCCAUUGAAUUCCAUAAUGUAUUUAACUAUAACAUCAGCAUCAGAACGUGAACGAUUGAAUUCAAUUUACGGUGAAUGGCCAUAUCUUGAAGAAGAUUUACAAAUUCUUCAUACUGCUUUAAAUUCUCACUUGAAUUCAACUGAAGAGUCAGAAUUUCUAUUUAAUAAUGAAUAUGAUAAAACUAUACAAAAUGACAAGGAAUAUGAUGUUGAUAUUGAUAAUAAUGAAAAUAAUCCAACUACUACUCGUACUACUGUAGUAGUAGCUACUAUUAAAGAUGAUCAUAUUAAUCCUAGUAUACAUGGUAUCAGUGAUACUUCUUCAAUUCUCAGUGUUAUUGAACACAAUAAGAAUCAUGGUAGCCUAACUGAUUCAGAGUCAAUACAAUCUAAUUCAAAACAUAUGGAUAAACAACAAGAUAAUACAAUAUUGAGUAAUAAUGAUAAGAAUAAUAAUACUGAUGACGAUAACGAUGGUUGUGGUAGUGUUGAUGUUUGUGGAAAUGAUCUAGAUAGUAUACCGUUUGUAACUGUUCCGAUCAAUGGUGUCCUUAUAUCAGACAAUGUAAUUGAAAAGAGUUCUUCCAAACCAUCUCCAAAUGAAUCUGACGUAUUCAUCGUCGAUUCAACACAGGUCAAGUCGUUUUUGACAGACAAAUUUCUAUUUAUUAUAUUAUUACACGUAUUUUUACUGAAAUAGUUUUUAACCUGGAUUAAGGUUAGUUUUCUACACAAUAUCUAGGUAAUAAUGUUCUACUUUACCGUAGGAAUUUCGCGAACUGUAUUCAUUCCAAAGUUACUUUACACCAAGUAUUUUUAAAAACAGGGAAGCGCUUAACAGGUAUGUUGUUUUAGUAUGAGACCGUUUUAGUCAAUUGGUUCUUUGACCUCGUCAAAAAUCAGGUCUAUGAACUUGGGGCCGUAUCAUAUAUAUUUCUUCACAGUUGAAAUCACGAACUGAUUUUAGCUAGUCCACCAUUAAUAACCUUAAAUUAUUAGACGAACACUUUGUCCUAGUACGGAACAUUCGGAACAUACGGAGCAUUCGCGCUCGAGAGUGAAGGUCAAGGGUCAAAGUGUCACGUGCAGGAUUGUUGAUGCACACUGCCCGAUAGUUCCAUAUUAGGACGAAAUGUCUAUCUGGUACUUCAAGGUUUUCAAUGGUGGCUUAGCUAAGAUCAGUCCGUGAGUUGAACUACGAAAAUACUAUAUAUAUAUAUAUAUAUAUAUAUAUAUAUAUAUAUAUAUAUAUAUAUAUAUAUAUUCUAUCCAAACUCGAUAGCGGUGACAUCUAAUUUGAAGUUGAUAAUGCAGUUAAUAUAUUCCAUCAAUACGUCGAAAUUCUCAUAUUAACUCGUUAUAUACUAAAUGAAUUGAAUAAUUUCUGCCAUCAAAGUUUAUCUAUUUAGUGUGUAAGAGUAUUUUCGGAUGCUAAUUUAUACUUGGAACUGUUUGUAUUAUCAGUAAAAUUCAAUAGUCUUCACAACUUUAUGCUACUACUUAUAAGUAGUUUAGAUAGUUUCAGUAAAUAUUUAAAUAGACAUUUUUAAAAAUGACUCUUGCACGAGUACUUAGUCUAUUCUUUUUUGAAAUAUUAUUUUUACAGUUACCUGAAAGUUUGGAUCGUCUUUCCAAUGCUAGUUCAUCAAUUCAAAGUGAAAAUUCACUUGAAAUCGGUUUUGAAGUGAAAGAUGAUCUUGACGACAAUAUACCUGGGGCUAUCGAAAUUCCAGUAGUUGAUUCUAUGCAUGUACGCAGUUAUGGAACAGCUCAUACAUACAAUAAUCAAUAUGGUCGAUCGAAUCCAUGCCAUAGUAUAUAUAAAACUGCUCAUAGUUUAUAUCCUACCACUAGUAAUAUAAAUAAUAAAUUUACAUAUCAACAAAUAUGUCCAAAUACCACUUUAUGGAAUCCUUACAAUUAUGAUAGAACUGAAUUAAUGCAUACUACUCAAUUACAAAAUUACAGUAAUCUAUCAACUACUGCUCCAAAUUGUGACAUCUAUUUUAGAACUUGAUAUUAUGUAAUGAUUUAUUAUUGUCUUUGUUUACAAUUUGCCUUCAAUUUCCUUUAUUAUUAUUAUUAUCAUUAUUAUUCUCUAAACAUGUGUAUCAUGUUUAUUUAUUUAGCUAAUUCCAAUUAUUAUUUCCUUUGCUAUACACAUCAUUUGAUGUAUAAGGAAGUUACAUUUUGUUUGUAGAGCUUACAAACGAACUAGAUUUUACUUUAUAAUUCAUCAAUGUGGAAGCAUUAAAAUAGCUAUAAAAAAGAAAGAACAAUUACUGUCGAGAUUUUAAUAUCACGAAAGUGUUUUCACUUUUCUUUGUAAAUAUAUAUAUGUUGUUAUCUAUUUGAAU